AUGUGUGGAAAGGUUAUAGUUGGAAGUGAGUCCCUAAUGAUCGUCAGGAGUUGCAUACGUGAACACUUCUGUGCAUGAGGAGAAUUUCUUUGCUGGAAGAAUGGAUAAAACAUCAAACAAACAAUACCUGCCAAAAGGUUGGAUUGCUAAGGAGUCCAGGUCACAUGGCAAAACAUACUACUGCAAUCCAAGCAGGAAUAUAUCUCUUUGGAGUAUCUCUGAGGUCAUGGCCUUUGAAAAGGGCAUGAGACAAAUGGAAAAGCCUGGAACAUCUGGAAAAUUCAAGCCAAUUGGCACCAAGUACUGCCCAACUAAAGGAAACAAUCUUGGAUGGCAAAGAUUGUGCAAAAGCAAAUCCAAUGACAGCCUCUGAAAACAAAACCUGCUUGCAGCCACAGGACAAAGCAUUCAGAAUGGUGUUCAAGGACCUCAAAGAAGCUGCCCCAAACAAACCCGUCCUUGGACGACUGUAUUUCGCAGGCAGCAUCCUUCUGUUCGUUUCGAGCUGUUGCCACUAAGACGGGCAUUGGUCAGGUAGUCGGCACGGUUCCAGGUGCAAGACGGCCGGGUGAGAAGCGCUCCCCCGCAUCCGAGACAAGCUUUUCUGCUGACGCGGGCCAGCAAACGGUCCAAGCGGAACUCCGGUACGUCGGAGGAUGCAUCGGAUGGUAGCGACGUGCUGGCUGCAAAGAGGAAGUGUAUGCAUUCAUCUCAAACGGCUCAAGAUAGCAACGACAAAAACUCGGUCUCUAACAUUGCCACCCCCAAUGACAAGCAAAGUGAUACCCGGAAUGCGAAGCCUUGUGGUGAGCCGGACCCAAAGAAUGUCGCGCUGCAAUUAAAAAAGGCACAAAAGUCAGUGAAGAGUGCAUCUGAUCUGCCAGAACAGAAUCUAAAAAAGAAACUGGAUGUCAUAAAGGCCAAAAUUGAGGCUCGAAUGCAGUCGUUUUCUAGAUAUCCGUUGAUAGUCAAUCCCCACAAAGUGACGCCCGUCGAUGCAAAACCUUCGGCCAAGUCUUCCGCCGAAGUUAAAGAACAUCCUUCCGGGAAAACCCCGACCACUGCAUCACGAGGAUCCAUAUCUACGGAAACAUCACUCACCAUGAGCUCUUCUAAGCCCAAGCCCAAGAAAGCGCGGCGGAAGCAGCGGCCGACGGACUCUCUCGCCCAGGUCGUCACCCCGGCUGCGGUCCCCUCCAAAGCCGCCAGCGCCGAUCCAGCGCUGAAGAUUCAGUCCGAAGGUCCCAUCCAGGGCCGCCCGAGCGGGUCCAGCGGCAGCCAGACUCAGACAGAUGUACAGCACGGCGAUAUGGUCGCGCCAUGGGGCUCGCAGGCUGCGGCUGCCGCCAAGCCUCCGCGGUACGUCAUACCCAAGCUGCCGCGAACCGGGCUGGAGUCGAAGCCACCGUGGGCCGGUCCGUCUCCUGCGGCCAACCGCUCGGCUGCGGGUGCGCUGCCGUCCGCAGACGCGCUGCCCCAGUUCGGGGACGAGACAUCGCGGCUAGGAGGCGCCGUGCUCGCCCCCGGGCAGCCGACCGUGACCAGGGCGCUCGAUGACGAUGGCACGGCGUCGUCGCUGCCCGCCGAAGACGAUCAAGUGGAGCUGAUGGACUGCGAUGGACCAGAGCUCAACGAGGAGGAGGUCCUCUCACAGAUCGCCUUUCUCCGGGGUCGGGGUGAGAUCUCGGACCUGAACUGGGGCACGGACACGGCCAGCCUCGCCACCAGCUUGGGCGCGGACGCAACUGGCCCCACCCCCAGAUGGGGUGCGGACACGGCUGUGCCCGGCCGGGACAGGAGCACCGUCACCGGGUCGCCGGGCCAGGAGCCCGCCCACCGGCUGACAGUCGUCGUCGACACGAACGUGCUGAUCCACGGCGUCGGUUUCGUGCUGGACGUGCGAGACUCGCUGUUGGACGGCGCGCGGCCGCUGCUGCUGAUCCCGUGGGUGGUGGUGCAGGAGCUGGACAAGCUGAAGCAGGACAAUCGGCACCGCGCCGGCCACGAGGCAGACGUGGCGCAGAAGGCGCGCGCCGCCAUCAACUUCCUGCUCGAAUGUUUCCAGGCCCACCACCCGUUCGUCAAAGGCCAGACGAUGGCGGAGGCGGCGGCCGCGCGCGGCCAGCUGAAGUCGCACCUGGCCGACGACGCCAUCUUGGAGUGCUGCCUGGCCACCGGCGGCGAUGUGAUGCUGCUCUCGGACGACAAGAACCUGCUGACCAAGGUGCUGCUACAUGGGCUGCGCGGCGCCAGCCGGCAGCAGCUGAUGCAGAGCGCCGACCGCAGCGGCACGGCUGAAAACACUCCCGUAACGAAGGAUAAUAUGUUGUGCAUCUCAAAGAUCGUGCUCCGGAAAGCGCUGUCGUAUGUGAUCCGCCGGGAGAUGGCGGUGGUGUACGGCCCCGCUUGGUCCACGAUGGAGGGCGCGCGCCGUCCCUGGUGGUCUCUGCGGGACUUGCUCGCCUGCCUCUGCACCUACCUGAAGGCCGUGUUCCGGCCCGUGUUCGCCGAGCGCUGGACACAGUGGCAGCAGAUGCUCCGGCUGGCCACGCGGGCCGUGCUCUCCCAGGACGAGGAGCGUGCGCUGUGCGCCGGCGUGGCGACACUGCUGCCGCAGCUGCAGCCGGCCGACCACUACGGACGCCGUCAUGGGCGCCGAUGA